AGACUGGCCCUGGGGCAUUUGCAGAUCCUAGGGUGGCACUAAGAGGUGGGGAGUCAGAGAAAGCCAAAGAGACACAGAAGCCGAGCAACUCCCAGCAGCAACAGCAGCAGCUGUCAGAACUGGAUAUAUGCACACAUGCGUACAUCCAUGCACAGACAGGGAGGAGAAUUCAGGCUGAAGCUGAUGGGAGGGAGGAAGGGUUUCAUCUGUGCAAAGGGCUGUGCAUUUCAGGGAUGAAACUAAAAACUGAAAGAAGCGUCUGCACUGCUGAUACCGUGUCAUCUUGGAAGGGAGGGAGGCAGGAAAGAAGGAAGAAAAGGGGGAAGAUAACUGGCAUGUGGAAGAAGAUGGGAGACUAACUCACUGCUGCGUGGAAGGGGAAUAUAGCUUGUACAUCUGAAAAACACCAGGCUGAGCUUGGAAAUGAGAUCAGACCUGCAUUGAAAUAGAGAAAGGGAGGAAAAGGGAGGCUGAGACUGGAGAGCUUUUAUCCAUCCUGUCUCUCUUUUCCUCUCUCUCCUCGAAGAUGAAAUAGAAGUUUAUCCGUCUCGGUGCUGCUGGAUCUCUAUAGCUGCUGGACAAAAGAUGAAGAGGAAGCUGAAAUGAAAAGCAAAGGGUGAUUAUGAAAUUUACAGCUGAGAAGACAAAUCACACCUCCCUGGGCUUCCUUUGUGCCCCACUGAGGGAGUUUUAACGUCAGAAGGAUUUUGAGAAGAGAUGGGGCAAGUGGGAGAGGGGGUGUUCAAAACACCUGUCCCAAGUGUUUCAAAAAUAACAAGGUGAUGGAUUUAUUGUUGACAGCUGGUGGGAACCUUGAAUUUUUCUAUACUCCCUCCAUACCUAGUUCCAUUAAAUGUGAGAUUAUGAAAAUGCAGAGGAGUUGAAGGGAAGGCGAAAGGAUAUAACGUGGAGUUUGAAGCAAGGCGAGGGUGCUGAUGCUGUGGAUUGCUGGCUUCUUGCCGAAAUAAAAAAUUCUAUUGCGCACUGGGUUGUGAUUGGAAAUCUAAUCAGAUUUUUGGAGAGGGGGGAAGAGAGACAAAAAAGUUUAUCUUUUUGACAGGUACAAAUAAAAAUUUAAAUGCAAAAGGAGAUUCUUUUCUAAAGGAGUGUGGAGGACAGAGAAAAAGAAGAAUGGGAAUCCCCAUUUUAAUGUGGAGACACAAGGACUGGAUAAUUGAUAGUGCAGCAAAGAAAGGGGAAGAAGCACAUUGCUUGGCAAGACCUGGAUCUUAAGUGUCACAACAAAAUUACAUUAAACAAAUACAGAUCUAGCAUUGCUUAAAAAGAAAAACAGCCCUUUCUGCUCUCCAGAGAAAAAACAAAUAGUGAGCAAUGGAGAGCAGCGGACCCAGAGAAGCAGAAAAUCUCCGAAAAAGGAAACUAGGCAAAAAAGCCACUGUGGAAUGAAAAGUUUCAGAAAGGAGGAGGACCAUUCAUCCUCUGCAAGGAUUUUGAUUUGUUUUGCCUGUUAUUUUAAACCACUCUUCUCCGGUGAAGGUAAACAUUGAUGUUACCACUACAGCAAUCCUAGGCAAAAAAGUUGAAAGCUACAGAGAAAAUAAAGGACAGAAAAGAAGAAAGCAAAAUUACUGGAGGGGGAAGAGUUCAGCAGCGUUGGGUUGGAUUGGCACCUGUAUGGACUGAAAUUACUGGGAAAUUGCAAUUGGAUAUAAUUCAUUUUUAUGUCCUUUCUUGGGUUUAAUUUUGGUUUGGUUGCUGAAAUGAAAUAGUUUUCUAACCCUGCCCCCCACUCUGCUUUUUCUUAACCACUCAGAUUUCCAGCUAUGUAAUCUUUGAGGAUACAGCUAUUAAAACUUCAGAAAGACCAGUACCAAAUAAAUUAUGAAUGUUGAACAAGAUGACCUUACAUCCACAGCAGAUAAUGAUAGGUCCUAGGUUUAACAGGGCCCUAUUUGACCCCCUGCUUGUGGUGCUGUUGGCUCUGCAGCUUCUUGUGGUGGCUGGUCUAGUGAGGGCUCAAACUUGCCCUUCUGUCUGCUCCUGCAGCAACCAGUUCAGUAAAGUGAUUUGUGUACGGAAAAAUCUGAGAGACGUGCCAGACGGCAUCUCCACCAACACCCGGUUGCUCAAUCUCCAUGAGAACCAGAUCCAAAUCAUUAAAGUUAAUAGCUUCAAGCAUCUGAGGCACUUAGAAAUCCUGCAGCUCAGUAGGAAUCACAUCAGAACAAUUGAAAUUGGGGCUUUCAAUGGUCUGGCCAAUCUCAACACUUUGGAACUCUUUGACAAUCGUCUGACCACUAUCCCAAACGGGGCUUUUGUAUACCUGUCAAAACUAAAGGAACUGUGGCUGAGAAACAACCCCAUUGAGAGCAUCCCUUCUUAUGCUUUUAAUAGAAUCCCUUCUCUAAGGAGGUUGGAUUUGGGGGAAUUAAAAAGGCUUUCAUACAUCUCAGAAGGUGCCUUUGAAGGUUUGUCCAACUUGAGGUAUUUGAACCUUGCCAUGUGCAAUCUUCGAGAGAUUCCUAACCUCACCCCACUUGUAAAACUGGAUGAGUUAGAUCUGUCUGGGAAUCACCUUACUGCUAUCCGGCCAGGUUCUUUCCAAGGGUUAAUGCAUCUUCAGAAAUUGUGGAUGAUACAGUCCCAGAUUCAAGUGAUAGAAAGGAAUGCUUUCGAUAACCUUCAGUCACUUGUAGAGAUCAAUCUGGCACACAACAAUCUAACACUACUGCCUCAUGACCUGUUCACACCACUCCACCUAGAAAGGAUUCACUUGCAUCACAACCCUUGGAACUGCAACUGUGAUAUCCUUUGGCUUAGCUGGUGGAUUAAAGACAAGGCACCCUCUAAUACUGCAUGCUGUGCCCGUUGUCACACACCUCCCAGUUUAAAAGGAAGGUACAUUGGUGAGCUGGACCUGAAUUACUUCACUUGUUAUGCUCCAGUCAUAGUGGAGCCACCAGCAGACCUCAAUGUCACAGAAGGCAUGGCUGCAGAGAUGAAAUGCCGGGCAUCAACCUCCCUGACCUCUGUAUCUUGGAUUACUCCAAAUGGAUCUGUUAUGACGCAUGGGGCAUACAGAGUUCGGAUUGCUGUGCUUAGUGAUGGCACAUUAAAUUUUACAAAGGUAACUGUGCAAGACACGGGUUUGUAUACAUGCAUGGUGAGUAACUCUGUCGGAAAUACCACAGCUUCUGCCACACUGAACGUGACUGCCCUGGAUAACCCUGGUUACACUUACUUUUCAACAGUCACAGUAGAGACUGUAGAACCUUCUCAGGAUGAGGCACAGACCACAGAGCAGGUUGGGCCCACACCAGUUACCAACUGGGAGACUACUAACAUGACAACCUCACUCACUCCACAGAGCACAAGAUCAACAGAAAAAACGUUCACCAUUCCUGUGACAGAUGCAAACGGGAUCCCAGGAAUAGAUGAGGUUAUGAAGACUACCAAAAUCAUAAUUGGUUGUUUUGUGGCUAUCACUCUCAUGGCUGCUGUGAUGCUGGUAAUUUUCUACAAAAUGAGAAAACAGCAUCACCGGCAGAACCAUCAUGCUCCAACACGGACUGUAGAGAUUAUUAAUGUGGAUGAUGAGCUUACAGGUGAUACACCCAUAGAGAGUCACUUGCCCAUGCCGACAAUAGAGCAUGAGCACCUAAAUCACUAUAACUCUUAUAAAUCUCCUUUCAACCACACAACAACAGUUAACACAAUAAAUUCAAUACACAGUUCAGUGCAUGAACCGUUAUUGAUCCGAAUGAACUCAAAAGACAAUGUACAAGAAACUCAAAUCUAAAACAUUUAUGACAUUAUGGGGUAGGGGUGGGGAUGACAAAAGACGAUUUAUAAAACAAAUGACACAAAUGACUGGGCUAAUCUACUGUUUCAAAAAAGUGUCUUUACAAAGAAAAAAAUUUAUUUAUUAAAAAUUCUAUUGUGAUCUAAA